ACAAAGGCAGAGUGAUUUUCUAUCCAAAGAAUGGCUCGAUCCUCCUGCAGAGGUUACAAGAGGCAGACAGUGGCAUCUAUAAAGCAACAGUUGAUCUGAUGAGGGAUAAAACUCGGACAACCCUCCUUGAAGUUAUCAGUAAGUCAAAUGUGUUGAGAGGAUGGUUUUCUCAGCCAAGGAUUAGCCAGUCGGUGCAGCAGACAAGUCCACAAGAUGGCAACCAGCGUUCUACGACCAGAGUCAUAGAAUCAUAGGGUAUCUCGAGCUGGAAGGGACCCAUUAGGAUCACCGAGUCCAACUCCCUGCUCCUCGCAGGGCUACCUAACACUAAACCGGAUGACUAAAAGCAUCAUCCAGAUGCUCCCCGACCUCUGACAGGCCUGGUGACGUGAGCAACCACCCUCUCAGAGAAGAACCUUUCCCUAGUGUCCGAUCUGAACUUCCCCUCGCGCAGCCUCAUUCCGUUUCCUCAUGUCCUGUCGCUGGUCACCAGAGAGAGACCAGCACGUUCCCUCUGCUGCCCCCCUGAGGAAGGUGGAGGCUGCGUGAGGUCACCCCUUAGCGAUGAGGUCACUGCUCAGCCUUCCCUUCUCCAGGCUGCACGAGCCAAGUGACCUCAGCCGCUCCUCGUAAGUCUCGCCCUCGGGCCCUUUCAUCAUCUUGGUCACCUCCUCUGGACACACUCUAAUAGUUUGAUGUCCUUCUCGUAUUGAGGUGCCCCAACCGCACACAGCACUUGAGGUGGGGCCACGCCAGUGUAGUGCAGAGAGGGGCAACCACCCCCCUCGAUGGCCGGCGAUGCUGUGCUCGAUGCACCCCAGGACUCGGUUGGCCCCCUUGGCUGCCAGGGCACGCUGUUGACUCAUAUUCAACUUGCCAUCAACCCAAACCCCCAGAUCUCUUUCCGAGGGGCUGCUCUGCAGCCUCUCGUCCCCCACUUUGUACGUAUAACCAUGAUUACCCCAUCCCACAUGGAGAAUCCGGCACUUGCUCUUAUUGAAUUUCAUACGGUUGGUGAUUGCCCAGCUCUCUAGUCUAUCCAGAUCUCUCUGUGAGGCCUCUCUACCCUCAGGGGAGUCCACAGCUCCUCCUAGUUUGGUAUCAUCAGCAAACUUACUUGAUAUGUAUUCGACUCCUGCAUCCAGAUCAUUUAUAAAAACAUUAAAGAGCACUGGCCCUAAAACUGAGUCCCAGAGAACCCCACUGGUGACCGGCCACCAGCCUGAUGUCACCCCAUGUACUACAACUCUUUGAGCCCGACUUGUCAAUCAGUUGCUCACCCAACAUCUUAUGGACUUGUCUAGCUGUGUGCUGCGACACCCGUCACAGAAGGAUGCUGUGAGAGACAGUAUCAAAGGCUUUGCUAAAAUUCAAAAAAAACUAUAUUUACUGGCUUCCCUUGGUCAACUAGGUGGGUGACCUUGUUGUAAAAGGAGAUUAAAUUAGUUAAGCAGAACUUUCCCCUCGUGAACCCAUGUUGGCUUUGGCCAAUGACUGCAUUGUGUCUCAAGUGUACUUCAAUAGCUCCCAGAAUAUCCUUCUCAAUAAUUUGUCCAGGCACUGAAGUGAGACUGACAGGCCUGUAAUUACCAGGGUCUUUCUCCUUACCCUUCUUGAAAACUGGGACAACAUUUGCCAGCUUCCAGUUGCCUGGGACCUCUCCCAAGCCCAAGCCCACUGAAGAAUGAUGGAGAGGGGUCCCGUGAUAACAUCAGCUAGCUCCUUCGGUACCCUGGGAUGAAUCCCAUUGGGCUUACGUGCAUCCAGCUGGAGCAGCAAGUCCCAGAUUGGAGGAGGAUUUCUGGUAUCAUCGCUGCCUUGAAAGACACAGACUGGAGCUGCUGGGAAAUGCCAGAGGGUUUUUUCCAGCUAUGGGUUUUGCUCCUGGUUGGGACAUCAGGCUGCAUGGUGCCUUCAUCCUGGAGUGACGGAACGGGGGACACCUCCUGCCUUAACUUUUAUCUAGUUGUUUUGUCAUGGACAGCCACUCACAGGAAGUGUAUGGCAUAAAAUUCCCUCAAGAGAAGGGAUUUCUGCUCACAUCUGAUGAGCAAAACAAACGCCAUGAGCCUGUGCCCCAGCCUGAGCUCCAGUUCAGGUUGAACCCAGUAGGUUUGCCCAUUGAGCUGGUCUGCAUGGUGCCAGAAGGAACAGUGACUUCCAUCUCCUGGAAGAAGGAUGGACAUCCCCUUCCCCCUGAAAAGUUCUGUCUGCUCUCUGAAAACAUCACCAAGCUGCAGAUAAGGAAAGCAGAGAAGUCAGACUGUGGCUCCUACUCCUGCAACGUCAGCAACGCAAUAAGCUGGAAGGAGGAAGCCCGGAACCUGGUGGUGACAGUUUCCUGGGAUCGCCACUUUGUGUUGCGGGGCUGCCCCCAGCAUGGGGUUUCCCUCCUGCCCUGCCUUGCAGGUCUCACGCCUCCUCUACACCACAUGCAGAAGCUGGUCGUCGUCACACUGAUGUUCGUCACCGUCUCCACCGUCACCUUCGUUAUCCUGCUCUGUCAGCCCAGAGACCACAGCUACGGAGAAGAGGCAAAGAAACAUUUAAAUCUGUCCAUCCACGGGCUGCUGUGUAUCUCCUCUCUCCUCAUGCUUGCCACGUCCAUCAUCUGGAUGCAGGAAAAAGGUCUUUCUGCUGUCUACAUCUUGCUUGGGCUGUUCUCAUUUGCUGCAGCAAUAGCCACCACCUGGGUGGGAGCAGCAGCAGUGUGGAGACCAGCAGCUCUCUACCACUUCAAAAGCAAAAUGUGGUACCAAGUCAUCCAGAGCUCCACAGCCCUCACAACCCUUGCUGUCGACUUGUUGUUCGCCACCCUCUUUCUCCACAAUAUCCAGGAGCUCCAUGAGCAAGGUUGCUCGGAGGCCGUUGAUCUGACCGUCAGCUGUGUCUGUGCUGCAACAACAAUCCUCAUAAUGCUACUGCUCAUCUUCCUGCGGUAUCACAGAAAUAAGCAGAAGAGCAUGGUGAUGAAAAACCCGCAUAUGAUCGAGACCACAGAAGUCAUGGACAGCUUGCAGGUGAUGGAAGGAACCCAAAGACAGAGGCAGGAAAGGGAGCAAUGAGCCAUCCCUCUACCAGCCAAGCAGCUGCGCUUAAACACCAUGGGCAGCGGAGGAAGAGCCCCGAGGACCUGGGAAGCUGCUGUUGGCCAAAGCAAGACAGCCGUAAGCUCUGCCUCUACCCCAGCACUCGCAAGACAAGCGUGGGGCAAAAAUCUUGCCAAAACGUUGCACCCAGAUCACCAAGCAAUAGGUCCAGGUGACAAACGAUACUCCCCCCACCUCACUUUCCCUGCCCUCUAUCGAUAAAGCCCAGGCUAAGAGAGAAUAGAAGCCACUGCUCUUGCCAGUGCUGGUCAUCACCCAGGCACGGGCAGCUUUUCCAAGGGCUAGAAAUUGUAUCACACUCCAAGCUGGCAGUUAGCCACCCUCACUAAUGCUGUUGCACCAUGUGCCUUCAUUUUUAGUAUGUUAAUGAGUCAACAACAACAACAACAAAAAAAACCAGACCAAAAAGACAGGCAAAUGUCAAUCAAGGGAAAAAGCUGAUGCUCUGGAGUGGUUCAAGGAAUUUGAUUGAGUUGUCGCAACUGGAGUGGUUCUGCUAUUACUUAGUGUAGACAACUGCAGAAGAUCAGAGUAACUCUCACCUUCAGCUGCUGGCCCAGUCAGUAUUUGUUCCAGCAUACAAGACGUGCGCACCAUGCUGCCCAAGCACUGCCGAGAUGUGCCGCUGCCAGAGCUGCCCUGCCGCUGAAGCUUUAAGCUGAGCCUGGUUUGCGUUCAGCAGAGCUCUGCUGGACUUUGUCCAUGUGAAGAUUUUGGUGUCACCACCCAUGUGUGCUACUGCUUUCUGCACCCUUCCUCCGCCUGCUUCGGUAAGGCCCUUUUUAAGGUGCAGUGAGCCAGGCCAGUGGUUUUCAGGCGUGGCAGCUCCGCUCUGCAAUCGCACCUUCCCCUCUAGCUUGCCUUCCCUCAGUUUUGCAAGGCAAAUGUCCCUGUGUCACACCACCUUCCCCAGAAAACUCAGGCCAAGCCCUUGUCUGUCUGUCCGACGCUCGCUCCUGCCCUUCCUUGUCUGCUGCCAGCUCCUCCGGGCACAGCUUUGACCCCACACUCCCACCCUUAGCAAGGAUGCCUGGCCUUUGGGAAGGGCGACCAGGAAAGGCAGCUCCAUCAGCAUCCCUCUGUACCUUCGGGCUGGGACUUUUAAAAUGUAUUUAAGCACCCCUGAGCUACAUUGGCCUGAGCUGAUUUCCCUUCCACGGGACUCUUAACCAACCUCGCAUUCAUGCCAUGGCCAUGUCCUGGGUUCGGCUGGGAUAGGGCUCGUUUUCUUCACUCUAGCUGGUCGAAUGUGUGUUGGAUUUGGUAUGAGACUAGUGUUGAUGGCACACUGAUGUCUUGGUUGUUGCUAAGUGGUGCCCCUACUAGCCAAGGACUUUCCAGCUUCCCACGCUCUGCUGGGUGCACAAGAAGCCGGGAGGGGAGGGGGCACAGCCAAGAGAGCUGAUCCAAAGCCAAAGAAAGGGAUAUUCCAUACCACACAGUGUCAUGCUCAGCACACGGAGCUGGGGGGAGGAGGGGGAAGGGGGACGUUGGGAGUGACGGCGUUCGUCUUCCCAAGUCACCACUAGGCGUGAUGCUCUCCUGGGGAUGGCUGAGCCCCUGCCUGCCCGUGGGAAGGACGGAAUGAGUGUCUUGUUUUCCUGUGCUGUGUGCGUGGCUUUUGCUUUACCUAUUAAACUGCCUUUAUCUCAA